UUAGUAAUUAAUAAGUGAACGUUAGUACGUAUUUUGGUGUUCAGUUUUAGCGUCAAAUGUUUUACAUUUAUGUUUCAAUAUGAAAUUUAAAUUAGUUUUCAUAUUUAUCUCAGUUUUUAUUAUUAAUGUUAACGGUUAUAUUGAUUUAGUAUACAAUCGUACAAAUGUUUUUGAUCCUAAAAUAUACGAGGACAUAUUAGAUCGUGAAGAAUGUUUUAAACAAAUAAGAUAUAUUGCUACAAGGAAUGCCUUCCUAGGGGUCCAAUUUUUAGAUGCAGGCUUUAGAAUUCCACGAAGCAUACAAAAAGGGAACUUAUUCGAUUUAGGAAGUUAUUAUGAAUGUUUAGGCAUACACAACGAUGUUCAAAAUACAAGCAUGAGUAUAGAAGGAAAAUUUUGUAUGACAAAAAUACCAUUACAGCAAGAUACUGAUGUAAAUGCAACCAGUCUCCGAGUACGGCCGGAAUUUUCAGAAUUAUCAUGGCUGGUAUCAUGGUUCAAUUCACAAUUAUUAAACGUAGACAGUACUACUUACGAAGAUCUGAUAUCGCAUAUAAGAGUAAAGAGCCAAAUUCAAAAAUUAGUGGGAAUAACACCAGAUAAUAUGCAAAGAAAUGAUCAGACUGCAAUCACUGAACUAAGUAUUCAGAUGGCAGUGUGCAUUCCAAAGCCGUGCUCUUUACAGAAUGCACUAGACGCUAUACUGGAUCUCCGACCAACUGAUUUGCAAAUUGAGGAAGCGUAUUGUAGGAUUCCUAACGACAGACCGUGGAUUGCUGCAGAUUAUGUUGCUUUAGGCAUAUUCACAUUCCUUGGUAUACUUAUGGUACUGAGUACUGCUUACGAUAUACGACAUCAAAUAUUUUUAAAAAAAGACCCAAAAACCGCGAAUAAGAUAUAUCAAUCCUUCUCCGUUUACACCAACACUCUACGAUUGGUGACCUACAAACCAGUCGCUGGAGCCUUGGAAUGCUUAGACGGUAUCAGGGCAUUUGCCAUGAUAUGGGUCAUAAUUGGGCAUACAUAUGUGAACCAAUUAACAGCAGCUACGUUGCACAAUCCUCUAGAUAUUAAAACAUUCAUAGAAUCGUUUUGGUCAUUAUGGAUAACGGCUGGCCCUAUUACGGUGGACACGUUCUUCGCUCUUAGCGGUCUUCUGCUAAUUUAUAGUACAGCAGGCAAAAUGACUGGGUUGAAACUCGUGAAGAACUUGCACCUGUUCUACUUGAAUCGAUAUCUACGUCUAUUCCCCGUGCUAGCGGCUUGUGUACUCCUUCAAGCAUCGCUGUUCCAUCGAGCAUCAGACGGACCCGUCUGGGACGAAGUUGGGCGACAAACGCACCAUUGUAGAAAGUAUUGGUGGUCUACGUUAUUGUUCAUGCAGAAUUAUUAUAACCCCGGCUAUAUGUGUCUUCCACAUUCCUGGUAUCUGGCAAUAGAUUUCCAACUCUUCUUGAUAUCUCCUCUUAUUCUCUUCUGGGUGGUUAGCGGCAAAAAGAAAACAGCUUGGAUUACAAUAAUUUCUGCUUUAUUAGCUUCUCUAGUGGGAACUACCAUCUAUAACUUUAUAAUGGGAUUCAAAGGCGGGCCUGUCACUCUUAGUCCUGUAAAAGAAGGCCAGCCAGAUUAUUUCAGUUAUUAUUAUGUGAACACGCUGCCAAGAUCACCACCCUUCUUCGUGGGAAUGAUAUUUGGAUAUAUUCUUCACCUUUGCCGUGGAAAGAAAGUUGUUAUGUCAAAAGUACAAGUUAUUCUGCUAUGGUUCAUAGCCAUAAUAUUAUCAUCCGCAGCACUUUGUACUAAUUAUCUUGUUUUACAAGAAGACUGGGACAAUCAGACAGUCGACGAUCUAAUCAAUUCUUACAUGAGACCCAUUUGGGCUUUAAGUAUUUGUUGGAUAAUCUUUGCCUGCACGCAUGGAUAUGGAGGACCUAUCAACUGGAUUUUAUCUCAUCCUAUGUGGAAGAUAUUGGGAAGAUUAUCUUACGCCAUGUAUCUUUUCCACUAUCCAAUUAUUAUCCUCAUUAAUGCUUCAUCGAUAUCUCCUAUGUAUUUCUCUAAUGAAUUCUCUAUACGAAGAUUUAUGACUGACUUCACAAUAUCUGUUUUGGCGGCAUAUUUUGUCACGUUGUUUGUAGAUGCACCCAGCUCUGUGUUGAUCAAGCACUUCAUUGGAGGAGGCGGAGGUAAAAGAAGACCAGAACCUGUAAAACCAUUGAACAGCACCAAUGGACCGACAUCGUCAAGUAAAGGCAACGUGGAAGCACCAGAAGAAGAAGUAGUUAAUAAAACUAGUUUAUAAACUUA